AUGGCUCCUAGGGUCAUCGUCGUUGGUGGUGGAUUGUCCGGCCUGAGUGCCGCCCACACCGUCUACUUGAACGGUGGCAAUGUCCUUGUUUUGGACAAGCAGAGUUUCUUCGGUGGCAACUCCACCAAGGCUACCUCCGGCAUUAACGGUGCUCUCACCCGAACACAGAUCGAUCUUGGUAUCCAAGACAGCGUCAAGCAAUUUUAUGAAGAUACCCUCAAAUCUGCCCGCGACAAGGCUCGCCCCGAUCUAAUCAAGGUCUUGACCUACAAGUCUGCUGCGGCCGUCGAGUGGCUGCAGGAUGUCUUCAACCUCGACCUUACUCUGGUUUCGCGACUCGGAGGCCACUCCUUCCCUCGUACCCACCGUGGACAUGACGCCAAAUUCCCCGGCAUGGCCAUCACAUAUGCGCUCAUGCAGCGGUUAGAAGAAUUGACCGAGGCCGAACCUGAGCGGGUUCAGGUCAUCAAGAAGGCGCGCGUCAUAUCUGUCAACAAGGAGGGUAACCACGUUACCGGUGUUACAUAUGAAUACAACGGCGAAACUCAUACUGCCGACGGUGUUGUCGUUCUGGCCACUGGUGGAUACGCCGCCGAUUUCACCGAAGACUCGCUCUUGAAGAAACACCGCCCCGACACCUUCGGAUUGUCCAGCACCAACGGAACUCACGCUACUGGUGACGGUCAGAAGAUGCUGAUGGCUAUUGGCGCCAACGGCAUCGACAUGGACAAAGUCCAGGUCCACCCAACUGGUCUUAUUGACCCGAAAGAUCCCACCUCCAAGUGGAAGUUCCUGGCUGCUGAGGCCUUGCGUGGUGAGGGUGGUCUUUUGCUGAACUCCAAUGGUGAGCGUUUCUCCGAUGAGCUGGGUCACCGUGACUACGUGUCAGGUCAGAUGUGGAAGGAGAAAGAGAAGGGCAAGUGGCCCAUCCGCUUGGUUCUCAAUAGCAAGGCCUCCAAUGUUCUCGAUUUCCAUACCCGCCACUACUCUGGCCGUGGUCUGAUGAAGAAGAUCACCGGCAAGGAGCUGGCCAAGGAGAUUGGCUGUGGCGAGGCUGCUCUGAAGAAGACUUUCGACGACUACAACCUCAUUGCUGAGGGCAAGAAGAAGGACCCUUGGGGCAAGAAAUACUUCCAUAACCUUCCCUUCAGCAUUGACGAUACCUUCCACGUUGCCUUAAUGGAGCCGGUCCUCCACUUUACCAUGGGAGGUAUUGAGAUCAACGACAAGGCCCAGGUGCUGAACGGUCAGAAGGAGCCAUUCGAAGGUCUCUAUGCCUGUGGUGAGUUGGCUGGAGGUGUCCACGGUGCUAAUCGUUUGGGUGGUUCGUCUCUUCUCGGUUGCGUUGUCUACGGACGUGUUGCCGGUGACAGUGCCAGCCAGUACCUCUUCCAGAAGGUGCUCACGGGCGGUGCUUCUGCUGCUCAACAGCGUCUCGGCCAGAUUUCUUUGCACAUUGACCCAUCUACUCCAGGAAAGAUCUCUGUUGAAUGGAGCGGCUCUGAAGGCAAGGACCCUGCCUCUACUCGCGUGGAAGCGCCUACUGCUACAGCAGCGGCAACUCCUGCGCCAGCAGCUCCGGCUAAGUCGGCCUCACCAGCAGCAGCGGAUGUUUCUGAGUUUAAGAUUCCAGAGAAGGAAUUCACACUGGAAGAGGUUGCUAAACACAAUAAGAAGGAUGACUUGUGGAUUGCUGUCAAGGGUGUUGUCUUGGACGUCACCAACUGGUUAGAUGAGCAUCCUGGUGGUGCUCCGGCCUUGUUCAGCCACAUGGGCCGUGAUGCUUCAGAGGAAUUCGAAAUGCUUCAUGACGACGAAGUCAUUCCCAAAUAUGCAGCCAACAUCGUUAUUGGCCGUGUCAAGGGACAGGAAGUCCGUCUUGAAUAUUAA